AUGUCAGGCUGGGCGUCUUAUUACAAAAACGAGGGAGAUGAAGAAGAGGAAGAAGAGGAUGAGGCUCCUGAAGCCGCUGCAGAAUAUAAAUAUUCAGGAAGAGACAGUUUGAUUUUCCUGGUUGAUGCAUCCAGGGCCAUGUUUAAAUCUCAGGAUGAAGAUGAACUGACGCCUUUUGACAUGAGUAUCCAGUGCAUCCUGAGCGUGUACACUGACAAGAUCAUAAGCAGUGACCGCGAUCUCUUGGCAGUGGUGUUCUACGGGACCGAGAAAGGGAAGAACUCCGUGAAUUUCAAAAAUAUCUACGUCUUACAGGAAUUGGACAAUCCUGGUGCCAAGCGAGUGCUAGAGCUUGACCAGUUUAAGGGGCAGCAGGGAAAGAAGCAUUUCCAAGACUUAAUUGGCCACGGGUCUGACUAUUCGCUGAGUGAGGCGCUGUGGGUCUGCGCGAACCUCUUCAGUGACGUCCAGUUCAAGAUGAGCCACAAGAGGGUCAUGCUGUUCACCAAUGAAGACGACCCGCACGGCAGUGACAGCGCCAAGGCCAGCCGGGCCCGGACCAAAGCCGCCGACCUCCGGGACACAGGUAUCUUCCUGGAUUUGAUGCACCUGAAGAAGCCGGGGGGCUUUGACAUAGCCCUGUUCUACAGAGAUAUCAUCAGCGUGGCCGAGGACGAGGACAUAGGGGUUCACUUCGAGGAAUCAGGCAAGCUGCAAGACCUCUUGAGGAAGGUUCGAGCCAAGGAGACCAGGAAGCGCACGCUCAGCAGGUUGAAGUUUAAGCUCAGCAAAGACAUAGCUCUCACUGUCGGCAUUUACAAUCUGGUCCAGAAGGCGUUCAAGCCUCCCCCCGUGAGGCUUUACCGGGAAACAAACGAGCCAGUGAAGACCAAGACCCGGACAUUUAACGUCAACGACGGCAGUCUGCUUCUGCCCAGCGACACCAAGAGGUCCCAGAUCUAUGGGGGUCGUCAGAUCGUGCUGGAGAAAGAGGAAACAGAACAGCUGAAACGGUUCGAGGAGCCAGGCCUGGUUCUCAUUGGUUUCAAGCCGUCGGUCCUGCUGAAGAAGCACCAUUUCCUGAGGCCCUCCCUGUUUGUGUACCCCGAGGAGUCCAUGGUGAACGGAAGCACAACCCUUUUUAGCGCUCUGCUCACCAAAUGCCUGGAGAAGGAGGUCAUGGCAGUGUGCAGAUACACGUCCCGCCAGAACAGCCCCCCUUGUUUUGUGGCACUGGUGCCACAGGAAGAGGACUUGGACGAUCAGAAAAUUCAGGUGACGCCCCCAGGCUUCCAGCUUGUCUUCCUCCCCUACGCCGACGAUAAGCGGAACGUGCCCGUGACCGACAAAGUCGUGGCAAACCAGGAGCAGGUGGACAAGAUGAAGGCUAUUGUUCAGAAGCUCUCCUUCAAAUACAGGAGUGACAGCUUUGAGAACCCGGUUCUGCAGCAGCACUUCAGGAACCUGGAGGCCUUGGCCUUGGACUUGAUGGAGCCUGAACAAGCAGUGGAUCUGACAAUGCCCAAGACUGAAGCAAUUGAUAAGAGACUGGGUUCCCUAGUGGAGGAGUUUAAGGAGCUAGUCUACCCACCAAAUUAUAAUCCGGAGGGGAAAACUACUAAGAGGAGACAAGAUAACGAUGGUUCUGAGAGUAAAAGGCCGAAAGUGGAGGUCUCUGAGGAGGAGCUGAAGGCCCACAUCCGCAAGGGCACGCUGGGGAAGCUCACUGUGCCCGCGCUCAAGGAAGCCUGCAGGCUGUACGGGCUGAAGGGCGGACUGAAGAAGCAGGAGCUGAUGGACGCUCUCAUCAGCCACUUCCAGGAGUGCUGA